AUGUUUUCUCCUACUCCUUCACUCUUGGCUUGUGUGGUUUUCCUUGUAGCCUAUGUCUACAAGAGAUGGAGUCGAUCUUCACUCUCACAUAUACCAGGACCCAAGUCGCAAUCCUUCGUCUUAGGCCACUUGACGGAUGUCUUUCAAGGCGGAGCUGCAAAGGCCGACUUCAAAUGGAAGGAUAGCUUUGGAUCAGUCGUUCGGUACAAAGGGAUUUUGGGGGAGGACCAUCUCAUGAUCAGUGACCCGAAGGCGCUGCAAUACAUCCUGCACACGUCUGCGUAUAGCUUCCUCAAAGAGACUGGUGGGAAACGCGCGAUCUCCCACAUCAUCAAUGGCCAUAGCCUGAACUCCGUUGACGCAGGAGAUGUACAUAAGCGUCAUCGCAAGGUCAUGUUACCUGCAUUCGGCGGACCCGAGGCCAAAGCCCUCUUUCCGGUUUUCAGAAAACAUGCUCAGGAGGCGAGUGGUUCUCACCUCGAGCCUGGUGCAUAUGCUGAGGCUUUGGAUAUUUCAGCUGUGUUCAACAUCCCCUCUUGGAUGAGCAGGGCGACUCUGGACGCCAUCGGGGAAGCUGCUUUUGACUACCAAUUCGAUUCGUUGCGCAACGGCGAUAGCGAACUUGGCAAGGCUUACGAAGUGGUCAAUAUCACGCUCUUCGGCAUCCAGAGUACCUUCCGUGUGUUAUACGACGCGCUGAUGGAUCGCCUCCCGGCGAGAAUUGUGGAGAAGUUCUUCACCGUCUGGCCUUCGCGCAGGUUCAGGAUGAUGGUUAAUACAGCGGAGGUCUCCACCCGUGUCGCCAAGCAGCUAGUCACCGACAAGAGGGAGGCGAUAGGCUUGGGACGGAACAGCAAGGACGUUAUGAUGAAAGGGAAUCUCUCUACGAACCCCAAAGCCCGGCUCUCUGAUGAGGAGCUGUACGCUGAGAUGCGGAUCAUCCUUUUUGCGGGGCACGAGACGACAUCUACUACACUCACUUGGACUCUAUGGGAAAUCGCUAAGCACCCGGACGUCCAAGACAAGCUUCGCAAGGAAAUCCAGGACACCGAAGCCAAAGUACGUGCACACUCCGGCGGUACACAGAUGGAGCUGUCUCUCGCGGAUAUCGAGGGCAUGUCGUACCUCCAGGCCGUUCUCAAGGCGAGUCUGAGGCUCCAUCCAGCCUUUCCUCGCAUUGUGCGGAUGGUGAAAGACGACCAGGUCGUCCCGCUGUCCACGCCUAUCCGAUCCACGACUGGGGAAAUUCUCGAGAAGAUAGUCAUCCCCGCUGGAACAAAAAUAAUGCUCUCCAUUGCUGCGUACAACAGCAGGGAUAAAGAUAUGUGGGGCCCCGAUGCCGAUGCAUUCAAUCCCGAGAGGUGGCUCUCGGGGACAGAGCGCAGGAAGGACCAAACUGCCGUCGGCGUAGUUGGGAAUGUCAUGACGUUCUCCAGUGGCACGCGUUCCUGCAUCGGAUGGCGCUUCGCGAUGACGGAGAUGCAAGCAUUCCUCGUCGAGCUGGUCAGCAAGUUUGAGUUCUCCCCCGCUGUGGAUGAGAGGCGGAUUAGGAGGGAGGGGCCCGCGUUGAUGUUCCCUGUGGUGGAUGGGGAGGUCGGCGACGGGGUGAAGCUCCCUCUUCGUGUUUCCCUAGUCCGGGAGGCAUAG